AUGGUGUCAGAUGCAUUGAGUCGUAGGGCUAUGACAGAUCUGAGAGCAGUGUUCGCUCGACUUAGCCUGUUUGACGAUAAGAGUUUGUUGGCUGAACUGCAAAUUGAGGGUGGUAGCACUACGGACUUUAGGUUGAACUCUGAGGGUGUAUUGUGUUUCCGAUGCCGGAUAUGUGUACCGAACGAUACUGAUCUAAGGCAGUUUAUUUUAAAAGAGGCGCAUAGUAGCCCUUAUGCUUCGGUUAAGAUUCUGCUAUGGAAGUGGGAGCGAGUAAUGAUGAAUUUUGUUAGUAGGUUGCCUUUAACACCUACUAAGAGGGAUUCAGUGUGGGUCAUCGUGGAUGGAUUGACCAAGUCUGCACACUUCAUCCUAGCUAGGAUAGAUUAUUCUUUGCAGAAGCUGGCGAAGCUCUAUAUUUCUAAGAUAGUGAGACUGUACGAGGCUAAGGCCCUUGUGCAUACUGAUACUGAUACUGAGUUGGGCAAGGCUCAAUCGUUACUGAUGCUGAAAGGGGCUUAG